UCCGCAGUUGAGGACAGGCCCCGCCCCCUUCGCCGCCGCCGUCGCCAUUUCUGUGAGGAAGGAAGGAAAGAUCAAAGGAGAAGAAGGAGGGAAAUGAAGAUUCUAUGAAGCCACCACGUGGGUGCAGCAAGAAAACCAAUCAUAUAGGAAGAAGAAAUCCUCUUUAGAUGAUGUUCUUGCUGAAUUCUUGAUCUCACAGAUGAGAAAGGGGGAAAAGAGCCAAGUAUAUGCAAUUUUCCAGAGGAAUCCUACACCCAUAUCACUGUUGACAUGAAGGGAAAAGCAUUUAAUUGCUUGGAGUGUGGAAAAAGUUUCACUAGGAAGGAUUAUCUGCAGCGACAUGAAAGGACUCACACGGGGGAGAAGCCCUAUGAAUGCCUACAGUGUGGAAAGAGCUUCACUCAGAAGCAGCAUCUGCAGCGACAUGAAAGGACUCACACUGGGGAAAAGCCCUAUAAAUGCCUACGGUGUGGAAAGAGCUUCGCUUAUUAUUCAAGUUUACAUUUACAUCAAAGGACUCACACUGGGGAGAAGCCCUAUAAAUGCUUGGAGUGUGGAAAAAGCUUCUCUCGAAGGACACAUCUGCAGAAACAUGAAAGGAUUCACACUGGGGACAAACCCUAUGAAUGCUUGGAAUGUGGAAAGAGCUUCUCACGGAGGGAAUGGCUGCAGCAACAUGAAAGGACUCACACUGGGGAUAAACCCUAUAAAUGCCUGGAGUGUGGAAAAAGCUUCACUCAGAGUGCAAAUCUAUGUGCACAUCAAAGGACUCACAAUAUGGAGAAACCAUAUACAUGCCUGGAAUGUGGACAGAGCUUCACUCAGAGAGGAAAUCUACACUCACAUCAAAGGACUCACACUGGAGAGAAACCCUAUAUAUGCCUGGAGUGUGGAAAGAGCUUUACUCAGAGUGGAAAUCUAUCUUCACAUCAAAGGGUUCACACUGGGGAGAAACCCCAUAAAUGCCUGAAGUGUGGGCAGAGCUUCACUGAUACUACAGGUCUACGUUCACAUCAAAGGACUCACACUGGAGAGAAACCCUAUAAAUGCCUGGAGUGUGGACAGAGCUUCACUUGGAGUUCAGGUUUACGUUCGCAUCAAAGGACUCACGCUGGAGAGAAACCCUAUACAUGCCUGGAGUGUGGGCAGAGCUUCACUCAUAGUACAGGUCUACGUUCACAUCAAAAGACUCACACUGGAGAGAAACCCUAUACAUGCCUGGAGUGUGGGCAGAGCUUCACUCAUAGUACAGGUCUACGUUCACAUCAAAGGACUCACACUGGAGAGAAACCCUAUACAUGCCUGGAGUGUGGAAAGAGCUUCACUCAGAGUUCAGGUUUACGUUCGCAUCAAAGGAUUCAUACUGGGGAGAAACCCUAUAAGUGCCUUGAGUGUGGAAAGAGCUUCACUCAGAAUUCAGGUUUAUGUUCACAUCAAAGAACUCAUACUGGGGAGAAACCCUAGAAACACAUGUUGUGUGGAAAGAGCUUCUUUUGAGUAUUCAAAUUUGCAUAGACAUAUAAUUCACAUUGGAGAAGACAGUCGUAUUUGACCCCAAACAGACUCUCUACACAGCCCUUCCACACAGCAAUGUAACCCAGAAUAUCAAGGCAGAAAAUCCCACAAUAUCUGCUUUGAACUGGGUUAUCUGAGUCCACACUGCCAUAUAUUCCAGUUCAAAGCAGACAAUGUAGGAUUUCAUUCAGCUGUUUGGAAGUGGCCCAGGAUUUCCAAACUUUUCAUUUUGGUGAAACUUGUUAGACAUUCAUGCUUUCUUGACAUAGUAAUUCAGUUUAACUAGCAAAGAAGAGGUUAAACCCACCUCUUAGAAGAUUUUGAAUAUAUGUAAUACAAUAUAAAGCACCUGUAUAUACUGUACAUUUCACAUAAUCUUUACUAUAUAAACAAUUAUUCUCUAGUUUCCUUUAUAAUCGAUUGAUGUAGUUCAUCAGAAACACCAACAAAUUUAAUUUUGAAAUUAGGGACUUAUCCAUUUAGUGGCAGUUGGUGGAACUCAAUCAACAAAUUGGCAAAUAAUAAAAGUUAUAAUAGAACCUACACUUGAACACACCGGCACCCCCCUUCUGUAGUGAUUAAACCUCUCUGAAUGUUUUUAAACAAUGGCUGGAUAGCCCUCCAUGGGUGCUUUGUGUCUUCCUGGCUGGCUGAAGGAGGCUGGAUAUCAUGAUCAUGGGCCAAGGGGAGGAGGAGGGGUUACCUCCCAGUGGCAGAAGCAGGAUGAGUAUCUCCAGGUGGAAGGGCAGGAUUUGACACGCUCUGCCCGGCUGCAGAUGAGAGGACUCUUUCCAGCUGCGCUGGUCAAAGAGAUGGGCUCAACAGAGAGAAGACCAGCUGUAGAGAGGUGAGGAAGGCAGCAGAAAAGAAGGACGCUGAGAACAGGCAGUUGGAAGCAGUAGUUGCAGUCGAUGCCUUUAGCCAAUGAUGUGGAUCCUUGACCCUUCAUUAUGCUACAAGGAGCCCAAUUGGAUGAGCUGUGUUUGACUUGAGACUGAAUUCUUGGAUGAUGUCUUCUGCCUGAGACUAUGUUUGGGCUGUCUUUCGUGAAUGACUUUGGACUGCUUUUGUAUUUGUUGGUGAGCGUCCUGUAUCUUGACAUCAUACUGGUUUUGGCAUUCCUUGUUCCUUUAUACAUCUGAAGAGGUUCUUUCUGUGUCUGACUGUAUAGGAAUGUUGCACAGUCAUCUAGAAACAAAGUUUGGAAGAUGCCUAGAAUAUCUGAUACCUGCAGCAAGCAGCAUUUAUCCUCAGAUUGGAGGAAAUCAUUAUCUUACACAAUACUUGGGAAUAAGUAUAUCUAAAUAAUUAGAGAAUUUAGAGAUAAUCAAUCUUACUAAAGGAUAGAAAUAUGAAAUCAUUAGAAUAUGCUAUACUUGGCUGGAUAAUAUUGGUCAAAAUGAAGAUAUUACCUAAAUUAAUUGUAGUCGUGAUGGCGCAAUGGGUUAAACCCCUGUGCUGCUGAGCUGCUGACCUGAAGCCUCUGCCUUUGUGUGUCUCAUUGUAUAUGACUGUAAAGGCAUUGAAUGUUUGCCUAUGUAUGUUAAUGCUGUAAUCCGCUCCGAGUCCCCUAGGGGAGACGUGCAGAAUACUAAUAAGAUGUAUUAGUAUUAUUAUUUUAUUCAAAAUGCUACCUAUAACUAUCUUGGGUCAAGAAUUUAAAAAAUGGCAAAUUACAUUAAACUUAGAAUCAUAGAAUCAUAGAAUAGUAGAGUUGGAAGAGACCUCAUGGGCCAUCCAGUCCAACCCCCUGCCAAGUAGCAGGAAAUCACGUUCAAAGCACCCCUGACAGAUGGCCAUCCAGCCUCAGCUUAAAAGCCUCCAAAGAAGGAGCCUCCACCACAGUCUGGGGCAGAGAGUUCCACUGCCGAACAGCUCUCACAGUGAGGAAGUUCUUCCUGAUGUUCAGGUGGAAUCUCCUUUCCUGUAGUUUGAAGCCAUUAUUCCCUUGCGUCCUAGUUUGCAGGGCAGCAGAAAACAAUCUUGCUCCCUCCUCCCUAUGACUUCCCCUCACAUAUUUGUACAUGGCUACCAUGUCUCCUCUCAGCCUUCUCUUCUGCAGGCUAAACAUGCCCAGUUCUUUAAGCCGCUCCUCAUAGGGCUUGUUCUCCAGACCCUUAAUCAUUUUAGUCGCCCUCCUCUGGACACUUUCCAGCUUGUCAACAUCUCCCUUCAAUUGCGGUGCCCAGAAUUGGACACAGUAUUCCAGGUGUGGUGUGACCAAGGCAGAAUAGAUAGAUUUCCAUUACAAUACAAUGCUUGUAUUGUAAUGGAAAUUUAAGAAACCAGAAUAAAUAAAAGCAAAUGGUAUAAACCACAAAAAGAAGGCAGUCUAGGUCUUCCAAAUAUUGAACUAUACGACUAUUCCAAUCAAACAAGGUAUAUAGUGGAAAGCCUUGCAAAGCAAGAAGAGAUGGAGUGGCUAGAAGAAAAUGAUAAAAAAUUAGAAUGGAAAUAAGAAUGUAUUUUCUUUUUUGACAAUAAAGGAAGGCAUCAAAAGAAUUGACAGAAUGAGCUGAGCAAUCCCUUUAAAAACCUUUUAGAAAUUUGGAGAAAAUAUAAAAUAAAAUUGAUGCCAAGGAAUUUCCCUUAAACUCCAGUAUUCAUAAUAGAAAAAUUUCCAAUAAUUAAAAAAAAAUAGAGGAAGAGCUUAAAAGAAGAGGGAUAAUGAAAAUGACUUGGAUUUAAGAG